UGUCCUCCACAAGCCUUCUUAUCUCACCAAUAUUCUAAUUCUUGCCCUUAUAUUCUUGCUUUUGUUCAUCAUGGCUGCCUCUCAAUCUCUUCAACUUUCAUCGGUUAACAACGUUGAAAUACCCGUACACAUCAUACACACUGAAGAAAACCAGAUUCAGGAGCCUGCUGUUGAUGAAUUCGAUUACUCCCAAAGAGGACAAUGGCUUCGAGCCGCUGUUUUGGGAGCCAACGAUGGGUUGGUUUCCGUUGCAUCACUAAUGAUGGGUGUCGCCUCAGUUAAAGAAGAUAUCAAAGCUGUAAUUGUUGCUGGCUUUGCGGGUCUGGUCGCCGGUGCUUGUAGCAUGGCCAUAGGAGAGUUUGUAUCCGUAUGCACCCAAAGGGAUGUAGAGAUAGCUCAAAUGAAAAGAGAGAAGCUAAAAGGGUCAUCAAAGAGUGAUGAAAAUGAUGAGAAACUGCCUAAUCCUGCACAAGCUGCUGCCGCGUCGGCUUUGGCUUUUGCAAUUGGUGCGGUGCUUCCACUAUUGGCUGCUGCUUUUAUAAGGCAGCCUAUGGUGAGGAUGGCGGUGGUUGUUACGGUGGCUAGCGUGGCCUUGUUGGUGUUUGGAGUGGUGGGUGCUUUGCUUGGGAGAACUCCCGUGGUGAAAUCUAGUGCCAGGGUGCUUGUAGGUGGAUGGAUGGCAAUGGGUACCACUUUUGGGCUCACCAAGUUGAUUGGUUCCAAUCAUGGGAUGCAAAUUUGAUUUGUUUUUGCUUUGCUUUUGCUUCAUUGUAAAUUGUUUCUUCUCUCAAAUUUGGUUCAUGGUUAGUUUCAUGAAUUUCGUAAGGAUUAAACUUGUUUGUCCGAACCAUGUCUAAAAAUGUCGAUAAGAGACGAUUGUAAAAUGCAGUUGAUGUUUUAUCAAUAACUUUGCUAGUGUCGUGUGUUGCCAACAAUAUAUAAGAUCAAUGAUCAUAAAAUCAUUUUUUUCUAAAUAA